AUGGAACGCCCAACUCACACAAGAAUGAUUAAGAAGAAAAAAUUUGAGAACAGUCGUAUAAAAAAUAUGAGGAAAACUUCAGAUUUUGCACAUGAAGCAUUUUUUAAAGGUCCCAAACUCUAA